ACGUCUAUCCUGCUGCGCUCACUGCAUUGCAUUGAGGGCUGCCGUUUUAUUGUCUAGAUAGGGAAAAACAGAAAGGAAGGACCAGGCUGUCCUCCUCCGCCGCCGCCCGUGUUAUGCAAACGAGCCUCGCUUUCUUCCAAUCGGGUGAGGAGGGCGGGGCCAUGGUCCCGUGGUCCGAGGCCUCCUUUCUCUGGGCCCCUUUCUACCCCCACCCCACCCCCACACCUAAGCCGCCAUCUUGUUCUUGCCGCGUGUUGCCUUCGGAGGGUUCUUCGGACUGAGGUGAAAACUUCCUGCUUGACCCCCUCCGCGCCCCGUUGCCCUUGCGCCCCUCACGGUCCCCACAGGUCGAGAUUGCGGUUCCUCCGCCCCACACUCCGCUGUGCGCGCGCGGAGCGCCAUGGGCGGUGGGAGGGGCUGCUGGUGGGCCGGAGAGAGGGGGCCUGGCAACUGGGCGCCUGCGGGGAGCCCUGGCUCCGCUGGGGAACGCCUUCCCCGAGGUCCGGCCCUUGGAAGCAGAGCCCCCCCCCCCCGUCCGCCCCAGCGCCCGUUCAAGUCCACCCCCGGUCAGGGUGGGUGCGCGCGGACCCUCCAUCGCGGAAACCUUCCCGCAACAGAAGCGGGCUUGCUGAGGACUCGCUCCACCUCCUCGCCCAAAGCACUUUAGGAUCCUGCGCUGGCCUAGGUCGCACUGCACCCAAAAUGUGGGUUACGCCUUGGACGGGGUUCCCAUCCCUGGGCGUAGGACAUUGAGGGGGGCUUCCCUACUGCCCCUUAGUGUACUGGGAGUGUUUCUUUUUGGAGAAUAAAUGCCCUUUAUUCCCUUAGGGAAGCCCGCACCCCUCCUCCAACAGGAACUGGCAAUCUGGAGCUCUUUCACCUUCCUGUGUAGAUUUUACUGCUCGCUUAAUACAUUUCUGUGUUGCAUCAGUUGCCAUGUUUUCAUUUUGGAGACCUUGGGGUUUUUUGCUUUGUUCAUUGCUUGCAACUGAAAGUUCAUUUGUAUCAAAGCCUGUAUAUUAUCAGAUUUGGUUCCUCUGUUGUGCGGAGUUAGUUCCUGUUCACACCAUUUUCUUUUUAAGGGCAUGGAAACCUACACUUUGGAUAUAAUAAUAGAAUAAGCGUCUGUGAAGCUGCAAAAUUCUGAAAUAAGGAACAUGCCUGCUGCUUUCAAAACUAAAUGAUGUAAAUCUCCCCUUCCACAACUCCUUGAUUUUAACAUUCUCAGUAUCAAUAGUUUAAUUUUUCUCUAAUUCCAGUGAGGAAAAUGGAGAUGAGGCUCCUCUGCAAGAAUGUUUUCAUCCAUGCUGUGGUGGAUGUUCUUGUUACCCAGUUCUAGCCAUUAGUUUUUCUUCUUCCUGGUAGUACUUUUGCUGAUUCCACCUCUUUUAUAGAUGUACUAAAGGUUCUUUAGUUCAAGGUUGAAAUAAAGACCAUUCCUGUUGUGUCUUUCUCUGCUUCUACUAAUCUGACCUUCUUUGUACUCUCAGGGUUGAAUCCAUCAUGUGGCUCUUUUAUCACAUUCCUUGAUAAAACAAAUUGUGGCUUGUUUCUGAGAACAUAUUUCUCUUUCUUCAACCCAUCAAAGGGAUAGAGCUAAUGGCCUUGAGAAAGGAAAGCCUUUCCAUUUUAUUCAUUGCCAAAUUCUCAGCUACUUGUUAUUUUCAACCUGCAGGAAUUCUGGUUUGCAAAGUAUAAGCUGCUGAUUAACUUAGUUCAGUUGCAACAUGACAACUGGUUAUGGGUUAGAGAGUAAAAUGGCACAUCGCAGCUUUAACUUUUCCUGAAGCAUGCACAUGCCACUUGAUAUGGAAUGUCAUAUUUUAAAAUGAAAUGAAAAUGAAUCUGACCCAUAUCCCAAAGUAAACACUUUGCAGACCAAAGCGCUAGGUUUUUAAUAGUUAUUUGACUUAUGUGUUGCUGCUGGUUGUUAACUCUCUCUCUCCUGGUCCUAGACAUAGUUGCAUCUUUGGGACUUAAUAGUGAGCAAAAACAUAGAUCUAAGCAAAUGUUUCCAUAAAUCUCAUUUAAGCAGAUAAGACAUGGGGUUGAUUGGUCAAGUGUUUGUACCUUUGAAAGUGACCCGGAAACUACAACUAAUCCAGAAUGCGGCAGCUAAACUGGUGACUGGGGGCAGCCACUGAGACCACAUAACACCUACACUGGCUCCCAAUACGUUUCUGAGCACAAUUCAGAGUGUUAGUGCUGACCUUUAAAGCCCUAAACGGCCUUGGUCCAGUAUACCUGAAGAAGCGUCUCCACCCCCGUCAUUCUGUCCGGACACAGGUCCAGUGCAGAGGGCCUUCUGGUGGUUCCCUUGCUGCGCGAAGCCACGUUACAGGGAACCAGGCAAAGGGCCUUCUCAAUAGUGGCACCCGCCCUGUGGAACGCCCUCCCACCAGAUGUCAAAGAGAAGAACAACUACCAGACUUUUAGAAGACAUCUGAAGGCAGCCCUGUUUAGGGAAGCUUUUCAUGUUUAAUUGACUAUUGUAUUUUAAUAUUCUGUUGGAAGCCGCCCAGAGUGGCUGGGGAAACCCAGCCAGACAGGCGGGGUAUAAAUAAAUUAUUAUUAUUAUUAUUAUUAUUAUUAUUAUUAUUAUGGGUGUGGUAUGUAACAUAGGAAAGGCUCCGUGACUGUAUAUUUUCAUGAUUUGAUUGAUUGCUUCCUCAUUUGUGUACUAGGACAUAAUGCUCAAGUUGGCAUUUCUAUAAUACAGUAAAUGCAUAUUAGUAGUUUGUAUUCCGAGUACAAAAUCAUAAUGGGUCAAUUUUGCUUGCAUGUAUAUUCGUUUUGGAUUAGGGCUGUGUUUUUAGGACCGCAAAUUAUCUUAUGCACACUUUUUGGACCCCAUGGCUGAUAUUCAACAUUGUGCUGUUAUGAACAUUCUCUCUGUGCAAGCAUGUCAGCUUGCCAGAUGGAACAAUUCUCCCCUCGCCUUGCCCUGCCCACUACUUUGGGGUUCUCCUGACCUUUCCCAAACUAAUUUUAGGGGGUUCUAAGAAGGAGGAGUGGGGGGGAAACCUUGUGCAAGUGGAACAUGUUAGGUGAAUCCCUUCCAUCAUAAAUAUUUUCAGAAAAAGUGAGCUUGCCUUGUAGCUUGAUAAUUCUAGAGUCAUAUCUCCUCUCAGCUAUAAAGGUCACCAGGUAGUCUUGGACAAGCAAGUCACUGUCUCUGAGAGUCAUUUACACCACAGGAUGGUUUAUGAGCCACAAAAUAUUGCUCUGAGCUCCUAAGUGAAAGGGUAGAAUAUAGAUGUAACCAACAUGGGUGUAAUAGGCAGUUUCCAAGAUUCAUUCUUUGUCACAUGCUCCCAACUUCCUGAUGUUGUGUAUGACUAACAGUGUAUGACUAACAAAUGUUAUGUAGAUGGAAAUGCACAGACCAAGAUGUGGCACCAUGCAGAUAGAGGCAGGCUCAGUUCUCAAUAGCUUCUGUAGUUCUGUGUGAAAAAAUAAACAGUUCAGUUUGGGACAUGGAGGGCAAACAUUCCAGAUAUAGGGAUUGUCCUGUCAGAUGUCAGAUUUAGCAUGUGUGCGUGUAGAUGCACACUGGUAUUCCUAAGUGCAUGCCUUUACUUUCUCUCAUGAGCAAAUAGCAGCUGCUCAUUCCUGUGUGAGGAAGUAAGUGCUGGGAACCAUGAUACGGUGACUGCAAAACCAGUUACCAGCUGCAGGGAUAGGGGUAGUGUGGAAAGCGAUGUCAUCUCUCCUUGAAGGCAGUCCAGGGGCAGGAAGGGGAAGAGCCAACAUGAUUUCAGUGCUUUUACACCCCCACUCCCUAGAUAGUUUGAGGAAUUGGAAGAGAGGUAACGUAUCUUUUAUUGAUAGGUUGUUUGUGUGUAUUCAGAUACAGAUGCUUGGUAUUUUGAAAGACAGUGAAGUAAAAAUUAUUAAAUAAAUCUGAAUAUGUUAUAAGCAUUUAUGUUGUUUGUAUGUAUUUUUCAGAUAAAGCACGAUGAAUCAAGAAAAGCUGGCUAAACUUCAGGCGCAGGUCCGAAUAGGUGGAAAGGUAUGAAUGCACGAAUAUAACUUCCCCCACUCCAUUUAUAAUUAUUGUAUGUGUGUAAAUAGAAACAUAGAUAUAUAUAUAUAAUAUAAAAGUAAUACAUAUGUAAGUAUUUCCCAUAGUUUAGGGGUUUGUUGGGAAUGUCUUUUCCUCAGGCUAUUGCCCAUUCUGAUGUGCUUAGGCUGUUUCUGAGUAUAUAGCCCUAGUACUGGUAGCUACAUUCUUUCGAGAAGAAAAAGAUUCAUGUUAUAUUCUUGAACUGUUUUCUUAAAAGAUGAACAUUUUUUUCUACAAAGGCAGCAUAUUAUGUAAUUUUGAAUCAGUAUAGCUUAGGUGCCGAAGGGGUUGUUACUGGUAUUUGGACACACAAGGCUGAAAAGAGGAAGGGCAGCAGAAAUGGAAUUGGUCCUUGCAGCAGGAGAUGCAUUGUGGUCUGAGGACCACCACCUCCUUUAGCCUACUAUUUUGCACCCUCACAUUGCCUCCUUAUUGAUAAUCCCCCAUGAAAACUGUCACUGAAUCAAGCCUCCCUUCCUUGGCGGCAAUAAGUGAGAAAAUUUGGAGUGGAAAGUUAGAGUAGGAUUAUACAAACUAUACAGUAGUGAAACAGGUUCUUGCCUUAAAGAAAACCCCUCCUACUGCACUACAUGUAUUACAUUUUAAGGUACUUCGAGAUUAUUUUGUUGUUUUUGAUAAGCAUUUGUGUAAGAUCCAUUUUUCUUCCUCUAGGAGCAAUGAUUUUUUUUCUCCUUUCUGUUUUUCAGGGUACAGCUCGUAGAAAGAAGAAGGUAGUCCACAGAACAGCCACAGCUGAUGAUAAAAAGCUUCAGAGUUCACUCAAAAAAUUGGCAGUAAACAAUAUCGCUGGGAUUGAAGAGGUACAUCAGUAUAAAAAUUUUCAGUCAUAGAUACGUGAUCUCCCAACUGAUCAUAGGAAUAAUGUGAAACCUUUCUGAUUUAAAAUGGGAUUAUCAGGGGGGGAAACUUGGGGCCUGUGGGCCCAGCCAGACCCCUUAAAAAGAGAAGCGCCCGACCUCUGGCAACCUUACCUCAUUUUAAAUGAGGUGUGGCUCAGAGUUUGUUGUGAUUUCAGUGUGUGUGUGUGCGCGCAUUGUGUGAGAGAUCCUUUAAUAAGACGUCUUUUGGAGUUUCAUGCAUGAUUUCCCUUGUAUAACUGAGGACAUUUGUUCCAUAACUUUGUGUGGGAUGGUGCAGAUUUUACAGAGUCCCAUGGAAGGGGCAGUUUGUGUGACAAAAUAGUCCACUUCUAUCUUUCCUACCUUGCUCUCUUAAGAUUCAACUUGGCAUCUGAUGAAGUAGGCUGUUGGCUAUGAAAGCUCAUGCCAAUUUGCAAUAAAAAGCUUACUAAGAAGUAAUCUCAAGGUGCUGUCAAAUAUGUUAAUAAUAAUAAUAAUAAUAAUAAUUAAUAAACUAGCACAACUUCCAUAUUAUGUAAAUGAGAGUAUUUUUAUUAUGAGAAUGAGCAGUAGAAAGUAUUGGGCUCACACGUAGCCUCCUUUGCUCCUCCGCCCCCCAUCCCCUUGUUCUUAUAUGAGGGAAGAGUAGAAGUGUCCUGUUCUGGCUUGCAGCAAAUUGUGGUUUGUCCUCAAAACAAGGAUACACACAAACCAUGGUUUAGCUUCACCUCCUGCUGUGCUUUUGGGAUCUUCACUUGACAGCACACUACGGGUUGCUGCAAACUAGAAGCAGAAGCUUUACUCUCACCUCAUGUAUGAAAUAAGAGAGAAGGCAUCUGCAAGCCUGACAAUUGGCACUGCUCAUUCUCUAAAGGACAAACUGUGUUUUGACAAUAUGUCUGAAUUAAGAUACAUACAAGAUGCAAAGUUUUAACUGGAAAACACAAGUCAGAUUGUUGCUUAACUGUGUUCCUGGGCACAUUUACUUGGAAACAAGUUCCUUUGAAACAAAAGGUUUUAUUCUAAGUAACUUUACGUCCCUUUUCUAAAGGCAUUUUGUAUGAAAGUAACUGCGAGUCUUCUAGAUGAGUAAGUAGAACCUUUUUGCCCCGCUCUCUACAUGUGGAAAUAGUAUUAUGUGGAAUGGUAUUAUAUUUGUUUACUAAAUUACAUUUUCCCCCAAAGCAGCAUGCAUAGAGUUUCCAGGCAGUCUUCCAUCUAGAAACUGGCUGGAUCCAGACCUGCUUAGCUUCAGCAGGGUCCAGCCUAUGAUAGGGAGCCAUUCCUUCCACUAGGCAAGUUGCUUUAAGCAGACGUUUGAGAGAGCAGGAAAACAGCUGCUAUCCUGCUGUAACAAGUCUUGUUAUUGUGUUGAGUGUUUGGGCCCACUUCCAGAGGACAGCCCUGUUCUGCAGUGGUCACAGUGUUCUGAAGAGGACAUGAUGGGCCUCAAUAUGGACUGGAGAAAGAGUAUGGGUGGCACUUGGACAUGUGUUUAUAUAGGAGCAGUAAAUAGGAGCAUUAAACAAAGGGCAGAGUGGAGUGCUAUCCAGGGGACACCCAUCAUUUAAACGAAUUUGAAAGUCAUGGUUUCUCCAGAAUUGUAGUUUUGUAGAUCCUCAGAGCUCUUUGUUAUUUUUGUGAGAAAGCUGAGGAUAUAUCAGUGCAGGGGCAUACCUCAGUCUUUCACAAUGAUCAUGCGCUUUUUCAGGAAAACACCAAAUAUACAACAUUUCUGGACUAAUAUAUAGUGCUCAUUUUCAGACAUUGGUGUGCACAUGCAUAUCUGAUUGAGCAUGGCAUAACACACCCAUAGUAUAAUUGUGUGUUUUUUAAAAAAAUAGCACUAAGUUUACACCAUCUGUGGACUAAUAAAUAAUGAUCAGAAAUUUUUGACUAUUCCACUGUAUUAUAUUAGUUUCCAGACUUCUUUGCAAUGGAGGGAAAGCAAGGGCAGUUAAAACAUGUUUGAAAUAAGUUUAUUUUUGUGUUGUAAAGAUGCCUUAUGCUUAUAUGCCUUAAGUUUCUUAGCUUUGAAGUGUAAUAGUUUAUUUUAGAUGUACAAAAGUGCAAUAUUUACAUCAAAAUUCCCGAGUAUGAAAGCUGUGCCUCUCAUUUCUUUUUUUAUCUUGAGAAAUGUUACUUUCCUUUCAUAUUGUUUUUGGAACUGGCAUGACUUAGUUAAAUGCUUAGGACGCUGAUACUUCAGUUAUGUGUUAAUCUGAAUUCUUAUUGCUUUACAAAAUCUUACACUUCCAACUGAUGUAAUUUUAAAUUAUAUACAUUGAUGAUAGUGUUUAUAAAUCUCUUUUACAGUUAGUCAGGCCUAAAAUUGGGUGUGCAACUCCUUAGAGUGGAUGCUAACUAUUACAAAAUAAAAAAAACUGGGUGGUUCUUUUCUUCCUUUAUAGUACUUUUUUAUUAUUAAUUAAGAUGAAUGAAUUUUAAUAGAUCUAUGUUUAAAACAGGUGAAUAUGAUAAAAGAUGAUGGAACAGUUAUUCAUUUCAACAAUCCCAAGGUCCAGGCUUCGCUUUCUGCAAAUACAUUUGCAAUUACUGGUCAUGCUGAAGCUAAACCAAUUACGGAAAUGCUGCCUGGCAUCUUAAGCCAGCUGGGUGCUGACAGCUUAACAAGUCUCAGAAAGUUAGCUGAACAGUUCCCAAGGCAAGGUAGGUAUCCCUGUCUGAGACAUGGAGCUGGUUUUUUUCAGCCUUGUUUGUUAGCAUAAAAUUCCUGAUCAAUCGUAAGGGUCAGCUUUUCUUACUCUGAGUAGCUUUUCUUGUGCACAGGACUUUCUGCUUUUUAUUCCACCCUCCCCCACGCACUCCUAACUUCACUAGAUCAUUUCUAAUAGUAUAGAACAGGGACAUCCAACUCCUAAGAGACUGCAAUCUACUCACAGAAUAAAAAACUGGCAGUGAUCUACCCGGGGGGGGGGGGGUUCAGGUCAAAAUUGUUCAGCUUUUUUUAGGGCUCCAUCUUCCUUUCCAGCGAUCAUGCAGAAAUGUGUGUGGGGGGGUGCUCUUGCCACCACAAAGGAAAGGGAGCCCGCAAUCGACCAGUAGAUUCCGAUCGACCUGUUGAACAACCCUGGUAUAGAACUCUGCAAUUCUGUGCAUGUUUAUGUAGAAGUCCCACUGUGUUUAGUGGACCUUGUUGAUAGAUAAAUAUGCAUAGGAUUGCAGCAUUUACUUAAUAUCAAGUUUUCCAUAAUAAUAUUGUUGUUGUUAUUUUUUAUUAUUUGUAUCCCACCCUUCACCCGUAGAUCUCAGGGCGGUUCAAACAUAAAAAAUACAAGAUAAAAACUUAAAAUAAAUAAUAGAUACAAGAACAAAAAACAAAAAAAAACCCCAGACCAAUAAAUCCACCACCCCCUCCCUUACUUUCCUCAUUUGUAAUAACUAUAUGGAUACCUUGUAUUGCUUUGUCCUUUCCCCAAACCAUUAACUAAAGGCUUCUAAAUGUGGGAAAUGCUUUGAAAAUUGCAUUAACUAACAGAUAGCUAUGUGAAUGUACUUUGGAGCACCAUGAACAGAAUGUUGUAACGGAAGGAGAAAAUGAAGGUUUGGGGUAUAACUUGAGUGUUGAACUUGUGUCUGAUUAAAAACAGUAUAAUAAUUGUCAGUCUGAUUAAAGACUUAACAACACAAUCCUGUGCCUGCCUACUCAGAAGUAAGUCCAGUUGACAUUAGUGGGACUUGCUCCCAGAUACAUGUAUAAAGGGAACUAUCACAGAUGCUGCUUUUCAAGAGCUCAGGGUGGCAAGCAUUGUAAACCCUAUUUUGUCCUCAUAGCAAUCUUACAGGGAAAGUUAGGCUGAAAGAUAGUGACUCCCUUGGGGCCAUUUAAUGAGUUUCAUGACAGGGUACAUUGAAAGGUAAACAGAGUUCUCUUUUUUAUUAUUUUGAUUUAUUAGAUUUAUAUACAGUACUGCCCUUCAUCAUAAGGUAUCAGGGUGGUUCACAGAAUAAAAUCAUGAAGGCAGUUCCUUUAUCACUUGACACUGGUACAGAGCAAUGGAGGCUAUUAUAAAAAUAUUACCCUAAUAGAAGAACAAAAAAACCCACCAUGUUGGUUACAAGCAUAUGGAUUUUCUCACAUACUUCUAUUUGGAUUAUCUCUAUAUUAGUGAAACUUUCCUCAGUUUUUUGUAUUGCAGCCUCAAGGCCCAAUCCUAAGACUUGCUCCAUUGGCAUUUAGGAUGGGAAGUACUAAAACCUACAUCAGCAUAGACACUAAAGAUUUUAUACCAAGAAAGCAUACUGGGUAGACUGUUAUGUAGAAAUGUUGUAAGAUGUUGGGUAUACUUCAGGAGAGAUGCUUGCUGUUUGACUAAAUUGGAGAUACAGUGGAACCUCGGGUUUCGAUCGUCUCCAUUGACAAAUGUAUCAGAAGCCGAACGCCGAAAACCCGGAAAUAAAUGCUUCUGUUUUCGAGCGUGCCUUGGAAGUCGAACUUCCGAAGCGGCGGCUUGUUUGAGUUUUCAGUUUUCAAACAUUUCAGAAGUCUUAACAGUCUUCCGGAACGGAUUACGUUCAAAAACCAAGGUUCCACUGUAAUAUUCUAUGUAUUGAUCAUUUUGUGUUAAAUAUCACAGGGUGUAUGGCAUCACCAGUUGUGUGUCUGCUGCACUACUUGUAAAGAGGUUUUAUUCAGUCGGAACCAGUAAUUGUUGCCUAUAAACAUUUGAGUGAUAACUUCAUAGAAGUUUGCAAAAAUAAUGAUUCUUGUAAAUUUCUGCUUGUAAUUUAUUAAUUUUUCACUGCCACUGUUUGCAUAAAACCUAUUUUAUUUGCAAAGUUGCACUUCUUUUUUGUGCCGUAAACUGUGACCUUUUCCUUAUGCAUGCUGAAUUUGUUUCUUAAAUGGAUAGAAUUUUGUUAAUUACUAUAUCAAUAAUUGUAUUUUCUUUUCUAGUGUUGGAUAGCAAAGUACCAAAAUCAGAAGAUAUUGAUGAAGAAGAUGAUGACGUUCCUGGUAAGAUUAUUCUACUUAAACUUUAAAUUAUUUAGCCUGUAUCUGCUUGACUGAGCACGUGACAAUGUUUUUGUAAAUUUGAGAAUCUACAUGGUGGGUUAAUCACAGAUACAAAGGAAAAGUGCUUCAUAAGAAUUGCAUGCUGUACAUCCUGGAGCACAUAAUUGUCACGGGACCAACCCCAGGAAACCACAAGCUUUAGCAGAAGGAUUUGUACAGUGGUGCCCCGCAAGACGAAUGCCUCGCAAGACGGAAAAACCGCUAGACGAAAGGGUUUUCCGUUUUGAAGUUGCUUCGCAGGACGAAUUCCCCUAUGGGCUUGCUUCGCAAGACGAAAAUACCUUUCGAGUCUUGAGAUUUUUUUUCCGCUUUUCCCCCCCUUUAUCUAAUCUGCUAAGCCUUUAAUAGCCUUUAAUAGCCUUUUAGCAGCUAAUCCCCUAAGCCUUUAAGCCUUUAAUAGCCGCUAAACCGCUAAUAGCGCUAAUAGCGCUAAUCCGUCAAUGGGCUUGCUUCGCAAGACGAAAAAACCGCUAGACGAAGACUCUCGCGGAACGGAUUAAUUUCGUCUUGCGAGGCACCACUGUAUCUGCUGCUAUGCCUUUGGUUCCUAGAGGCACCUCUCAGAUGGGGUGAGAAACUUAACUAGUGGAUUCUGUGAGGGAAUAAUAUUUUAAGAACAAGCAGAAAAAGAGGUUUACUGUAAUGAAUAGGAGGGCUAUUAAAACUAAGGCACGGGGGCCGGAUCUGGCCCAAUUGCCUUCUGGAUCUGGCUCGUGAACAGUCCGGGAAUCGCCGCGUGGAUCUGAUUCUGAUUGUUCGAGAUGCAGAUUCUCCACACACACACAGCGGCAGCGCCUCCUCCCUCCCUCCUCCUGGCUUCUCCCCGCCCUCGCUAUUAAUGGUUGUAUCUGUGUUGUAUAAUCUGUCUUUCAAAAUCCUUUUAAAUAUUGCUCGCUACAUAAAUUAAACGUUGAGUUGAGUUUGAGUCAUUUAGCCCCUCAAUUUUUUAGAAGGGUCUCACACAAGACUGCAAUAAUUUUCAAAUAGGUCUAGAUUUCAUGCAGCGUAGCCAUCAUUGGUGAACAUUUGAGAAAUUAAUAUAAGGCAAAAUACAGGUUGCAUGUGUUGAUUGCAGCUCAGAGGUCAAUUGUCUAUAAGCCAUAGUUGUUAUCAUCCCAAUUUGAUUAGGGGUUGCAGUCCCAUGCAUCCUGACAUGGGAGUGAGCUCUGUUGUACGGGGGGGGGGGGAGCAGCUUACUUCCUUGUAAGCAAGCAUAGGAUUGUACUAUAGAUCAUUUUUGUUUAAUGCCUACAUGUUUGCUGGCAUAACAACAGAUGUCAGUCUAGGAGCUGCCAUGUUGCCUGAGAGCAGGCAUAGGGAGAGACUAACAGAAUUAUUUUUCCAGUGCUGACCAGAUGUAAUUGUAAGUCACCCCAUAGAAAUAUUAGGGCCUAGUCACCGUUAAACAAAAGAGAACGUCUUGUAAUUGCUUUGAGGUUUUGAGAUAAAAAUGAUGUAGGAAUAAUGUUCAUUAUACCAUAGUCUUUUAGCUAAAACAUUUUAGUAAAAAACAUUUCUCUUUGGCUCUCCUAUUGAAUGUUACUGUAUUAUACUUUCCAUGUUUUUCAGAUCUUGUAGAAAACUUCGAUGAAGCAUCAAAAAAUGAAGCUAAUUAAUUCAUUAAUAGUUCUGGAAGUUGACAUGGACUAGAUUUAAGAAAUCAGCUGUGUGGUUCCAAAGUUUUACAGAAACAGUGAACAUUACCCGUUUAAUAGUUCAAUAAUAUAAAAUAUUUUGUAUUUUAAUUAUGCUGCUUGUUCAGCAAUUCCUGUUGGUUGAUUUUUGCAUUUUGCACUUACUCCCAGGAUCUACCUUUUCAGUUAAAAAGGAAAAAAACAAAUAAUACAUUUUCAGUGCAGAUUAAGGGGUGUGUGCAUGUGUGUGUAUGUGUGAAUGUGGCUUUGCGUACAGUGGAGAGGAAAUCGGUGAACAGAUCUAUUCGACUUUCCCUUCCCCCUUGAAAGUAGAAAUAAAAUGAGUCUUUAACUUGGUUAAAGGAACCUUUAUUGUUGCAACCAAACAGUUCACAUACAAUAGUGAUAACUUACGUCUUGCUUGUCUACAUUUCAUGAACUCCAGAAACCAUUUACUAAUUAACAUUUGAGUUUAAUUUUCUUCAUUAACUGUUGUAUUUACAUUUGUAUUUCUCUUCCAUAUUCACAGUGUAUAUGUGCAGUUUCCCACCAGCCUCCUUUUGAUUCUAAAUUGUACCAAAGACAGGGUAUUAAUUAACAAACAUGUUUGUUGCAACAUUUUUAAAAAAUAUAUAUACUUAAGAGCUUGGUUUUCCCCAUCCCUUUUAAAACCCUUCGCUCAUUCACCUUAAUAUUUAACUUGGGUUGCAUUCACAUGUUAUGGAGUAAUCUACUUUGCCUUGGAUAAACAGCCUAUCCUGUGAAGUCCUGCCUGUUUAUGCUGAGCAAGUGUCAACCCUGCUCUUACGGCAUAAUUUUUGUAAAAAUCUGUAAGAAGCCUGAUUAUAUUCUUGCUCUGGGUUUCUGGGAGAAGAUAAGAAUGUCGUAGACUUUGAUAAAGGUUGGAGGCUACAGUCUACUCAAGUGCUGAAUCAGAUGCCUUGGUAGCUUCUCUUUGGUACAAUUAGCUGUUUUUUCAAACACACCUCUCUUCAAAGCACUGAAUGCUGUUUGACCCUUUUCAUCUCAGAUAAGCAGUGCCUCUGGGCAUAUUUUCCAGUGGUGUUGCUUACUUUUAGAGGAGUCUGUCUCAUAUCCUCUGUUUUUCAGUAGGAGAUAGUGCAUCAUGGUGCACUGUAAAAUAAUUUUAUUGGAAGAGGUAAAACUGUUGUGGAUGUUACCAGACAGCUCCCAAGAGCAUAUGAGCCACUGUCAUAUUUCAGGACACUAGAAUCUGGAAGUGUAGUUUGGAUUAUACAGAGCGGACAAGGAAAGUGCCAUUGCUUGUAUUGUGUUGUGUUUUGCAUAAAUUGUCCAGCAACAGGCUUAAAACAUUAAUUUUGAGGUUUGGAACCUGUUAUCUGCAACCUACUUUGGGUGGAUUCAAUAGUUACAGUCACUUUUGAAAACAAAAGCGCUCCUCUGGUGGCGCAGAGGAUAGUGGCUAUAUCACAGGUACAGUGCAGUAUUUUCUGAACCUUCCUUCAAACUGCUCAAUGUGAAGCUCUUCCUAGCGGUUCUUCAAAGGUGAUUGGUGUAAUGCAGUUGAGCAUCAUUUUAACCUUUGUCAAGGGCAGCUGCGGCGCGGGAAAGCCAUCUUUCUUACCUUUCUUUGGUGUACUUUUGAGACAUAUCUGCUUUCUGUGUAUAUACACCCAGCGACUAUAAAGUUUGAGGCUAUCAGUAUGUCAGCAUUCUAGUGACAUCAAGCUGAACCACGAAAGCAGAGCUUUUAGUGGUUUGUCACCUGGACUGCUCACUUGAUUUUAUAGAUUUGUUUGGUUUUCUUGUUCUAUUUUAUAUAAAACGUGGAUCUUAAUAAAAUAAUUCAAAAGAGGCAAUGUUCCCUCUUGUGUGUUAUCUCCUCCUAACAACAACACUGAUAGAGGGACAAAACGUGGUUACAGGUGAUGCUUUAACCAGCAGUACACUUGCCAUGCUAUAUUUUUGAAUAUUUCUUUCUGCACAUGUGCAAAUAAUAGGCAUAGUUCCUUUAAGCAUAUUUGCUGUCCCACGAGACAGCAAAUGAACAUGUAGAAAUGUUUUUGCAGAGAGUUUUUAACUGAUCAGUAUGGCUGAAGCUCACAUAAUUUCAGAGUUAUUCUGUCCUUAUAACUAACAUUUUUAGUUCAGCUGUUAAUAAUUUACUUAAUGAAGAUCGGAAACAAAAAUUUAAUUUCUUGUCCAGAAUUAGGAAAUACUUCAGAACAGUAAAGGGCAGGCAUUUGGAAUAAGUUUCAAUUCCUUUUACCAACAAAGUGCACACCCACAAAUCUCCAGCUUUAAACUUUCCUUUUGCCAAUUUAUUUGUAAUCCUUAUUCAUACUUGUGUUUGGAAAUCAGCAAUUAUCUUGCAUAGUGAUUACUUUUUACUGUAUGCCAAGAACUGUUGACCACUUAAUUGUUUUUUUGCCGACGUUCUAUAGCUUAUUGAAAACCAUUAAACUGAUCAUAACUGAAGACGUGAACUAUUAAGACUGUUCUGAUACCACCUAGUCUCCUUUUGGCACUUGAGACUAAUAGCCUACUGGAGCUGACCAUCAAGGCAAACCUUCCACUUCCAGUGCUAUGAGAUGCAUUGAUUAGACACAGCAACACAGUUGUAGAGGGUUUGUUUGCUUUUUUGUUCAUGUCAAAUAUUUGAGUAAAUAAUAGAAUUUGUAACCCCCAUAAAGUUUUCAUUAAUUUAGCAAUGUACUGGCACCUAUGAUACUAUGUAGUGUCUUGAAGGCUAAACAAUUAUUAAAGCAAUUCAUUGAAAUAUAAAAUAUGCGUUGCUGGCACCCUGAUCUUAGACUUCUAAAUGUUGAAGUAAGUCCUGCUGAUGUGAAUGGAGCUUACUUCUGAGUGUGUUUUAUUUGAAUCAAUAGUCUAAUAAGCGGAAUCAGUUUAAAUAGGUUUUCCUACGACUCUUAGAACCAGGGGGCAGGAUGCUGCCAUAGGAUGCUGAGAACCUCCUCUAUGAGUAUAGGGCUCCCUGGAGUGGCAGUGUCCUGAGGCCAGUUCAACCAGAAAUGGGGGGUUUGGGGGAGGCCUCGGAUCUUCCAGUUCCAAACCCUCCUUGUUCCCCUUGCACUGAGUGUACUUCUUUUCCUUACCAUUAAUGAAAAUAGGAAAGAGGUUGACGGGAAGAGGAAACCUUGUAGGUCUACACCUGCCACAUUCUCGCCUGGUCACAGCAAGCAGGCAGGGCUAUGGUUGUAGCAGAUAUUCCACCACAGAUCUCCUCCUCAUGGGAACAUGGGAGUGCUCCGUUUGUUAGCAUAGUUUAACCUCAGUGCAGAGAGCCAUAAUAUAUUUUAAGCCCUCUGCAGAAGCACUUUUGUAGUCCCACUUAUACUUGAAACAAAGUUUUAGAUCAUAGUACAGUCGACACUCAGCUUACGCAGGGGUUACCCCAAUAUAAUAGCCAAUAUAAAGCCACAAUUGCCUCUACAGUAGUCAAAAUACACUCCUUACAGCUCCAAACAUGCUCAAGGCCACUGAACGAACUCCCUGCAUCUCCCGGUGCUGUUCCAAGGUGAGUGCAAUGGUGGGUGGGACUGCCAAUGCUCCCCCCUCCUGAUACCCCCCUUCUUAUUUUUAUGUGGUCAAAUACAUAAAGCUGAAUUUGCACAAGUUAAAUGCUUGUAAGUUGCAAGGCAACUAGUUAACUAGCCUGUUGGCAACUUGUUUCCCAGCAUCUCAGUAGAAUCAAUAUGUGUUACUUCUAAAAGAAUACAUUAUUUAGAACACGAAAUUAUAUUACAGUCAGGCCAUUGGUCCAUCUACUUCAGUAUUGAUGAAACUGAUUUGGUGGGGGGCUUCCAAUGUUUCAGACAGGAUUCUUUCCCAACCCUACCUGAAGGUGCCAGGAAUUGAACCUGGGAUGUUUUGUAUGCAAGGUGUGGGCUGUUUCACUGAGAUACCUAGCCCAUCUCUGUAACCUGUGGAAACUCAAAAGAGCCAGAGAGCACAUCUGGAUGCUAAACAUCUUACUGCUGAAAUCUAGUUGCUGUGCAUUUUUCAUGAAAUGAGGUUUUAGGACAAUAUGGUCUGAAGAAUUCUGAUUAUGCCCUGUGUUUAUGGUAUCACAUUCUGCUAGCAUAACACUUAUCUGUGCUGUAGUGACUGCAGGAGAACUUCCUUUCCCUUCCUGUCAGCAGAUUAACUUUAUUUUGCCCUUGUCCUUUUGUUUUAUCUUGUCUUCCUGUUCCUUCACAGAUAUUAAUUUGAGGGAAAGUGGGUUUAGGAAUAGAAAGACAAUAUAACCACUACACAUUUUGAAAAGGGAGCAGAAGGAAAGAAUAAUCAUGUUUGUUGCACAUAAGAGCUGAUACAGGUUACCGGUAUAUAUUGUACGGUUGUUAAGAUCCUUCGAUAGCUGUACAUGUGCAAAUAAGGCACAAAGCUACUACAAAUAAAAGUGCAAAAUUAAAAUUACUAAUUGUGUGUGUGUUCUUGCAGAUUUUUUUUCUGAUUGUAGGAGAGGCAACAGGAAAUUAUAGGGACAGAACCACUUAAACCGUAUAGAAACUAUUCAUGUAUGCUACUACAGCAGCAAGAAUAUUACCCCAAAAUGGAAAAAAGUAGAAGCAAAGGAAGAAUGGAUACAAAAACUUAUUGAAUAUGUAGAAAUGGCAAAAUUUACCAGAAAAAUAAGAACUCAAUAUAACAAACUUUUUAUAAAAGAAUGGAAAUGGAGUAUUGAAUAUUUGCAGAUAAAUUGUAAACAGAUAAGAACAUUGGCAGGAUUAUAGUAAUAACCUGCAGUUUCAUCAGAAUAUAUAUUUAAAGUAGAUGAAUAAAUGAACAUGUUAAUUAGGAUAUGCAGAAGAGAUUAAAAAUAAAUUUAAGGAACCACAGAAAAGAGGGAAGGAAGUCAAGUUUUGAAAUGUUAAAAUUAUUAAAUUAGUGAAAUGUAUAAACCUGAAAAUCAUAGGUUUUUUUGUUAAAAGAGGCAAUGGGAAGCAUGGUGUAGAUACACUACCAGUGCCUGUACAGACUUGCAAGUAUUUUCCAAGCUACAUACCAGAAAAAGAAGGGGUAAAAUAAUGCUGAUCCUGAAUGGACACUUCGUGGUUGGUGACAUAAAUUAGCCAUCUGGAAAACAUCCAUGGAGAAAACAUAGCUUCCUAAUUUACCACUGAAAUAUAUUUUCAUUUAAAAUGAUGACAGUAUAUUCUGGAUAAACAUUAUGUGUUGUGCAUUAUAUUUGUAUAAUGUGGUAACAUCUGAGGCAGAUAUGGUUGAUUUUGGACUGCUUGGAGCACAAUAUGACAGCUGAGAUCAGCUCAGCAAUUUUCUUUACUGUUAAGCCUUCUGUAGGGUUACAUUAGUUCAAUGCAUUAUCCAAACACCCAGGAAUUUCUGCAGUAAUAUUAAUGAAUUACCUAGCCACCAGAUUAAAGAUUCUCAACAUAAGAAGCACCUCUUGCAGCAAGUACAGCAUCAUUCCCUUAACAGUACUGCACUGGAGGCUGUGUUUGUUGACCUUGAAUCAUCAGUGCCACAAGUUCAUGCAGCAACAGCCUUUUUGCUGGCUUCACACUUCCCCAGGGUUCUUGCACUGCAUCUUUUGGAUCCAUAUGAGGUGGCUUGGUUGGCUGGCAUCUGUCUUGGGAAACUGGAGGAGUGUGCCUUUGUGGAUGAGGUCAAGCUGUUGGAAGGUUGCAGCACCUGCCGUGGCUGUAGAGACCAAUGUGGGAAAGACAUGUUUUGUUGCAGCUGGGGCAGAUGAAGGUGUCCGGUUGUGCUGCUGCACAUGCACCAUGGUGUUUCUUCUCUCUGCACUCCUCCCAGCGGUCAUUUCUCCUCUGGUCACUGCUAUGGAUGCAUGACUGCUUUGAUCUGUUUCCUCUGGUGUUGAGAUGUUCACCAAAAGCAAGGAGAGAUCACUUUGUUGGUAAGCUUCCAUCAUACUGCUUCUGCUUUGGGCCUUGAGGCAUAAGUGUUUCAAUGUUGUAAUCUGCCCCCUGGGACCAGAGGAGAAGUGGCAGUGGCAAAAGUCCCAGCUUGAUAACAAGCUACAGAUUGUUGUGCAUGUAAGCCUCCGGGGAUGGUUUUCGUAAAGGAAAAAAGCAAAUAACAGGCAAAAACCUUCAUAGUUUCCUCCUCUCUUUAAAUUAAGGGUUAAAUCGGAUGUAUGAAGGUUGCAACACAACAUAGUGAGACUUGCUUCCAUCUGGAGUACCAUUUGGAAGCUGACGAAAUCAGAAUCUCAAACAAUUGUCUGAAUAAAACUGAGCAAAUAAAAUCCUAAUGCUAAAAAUAAGCAAAAGAUCAAUGUGUAUUUUUUUCUGUAUUCAGAUUUUUUUUACCCCUCAUUAUAGUAAUUCUAAAAACAGCCACCUUUCAGGGAUAUAUUCCCAAGGGAGAAAGCUAAUCACCAUGUUUCAUUGUAUGUUCCCUGCCAUGUUUGUAUAUUUACCAUGGUGUAAUCAAAGAAUUGUAUUUCACAGUCACAUCACACACAAAACCAGCCAACAAGCUGAUGCUGUAAUAGUAGAUACUUAUAAACUUGUUUCCUUGAACGUAGCCUUUGACAGAUGCCACCUACAUUUUGUUUUCAAAUUUCAUUCAAAAUUGCACAAUACAAGCUUUACAACAGUCACAGAGUUUCAGUGGGCAUGAUUUAACUGCUGUAUC